AUGCCGUCUCUCCGCGCCAGCCUCCUCCUCCUCAUCGCAGCGACCUCGACCGCCGUGAACGGCGAGCGCCUAAAGGUCGUCUGGUCCUCUGGCUCUUUUUCAACCGUCUCGGGCCCCGCCGGCAAUGAGUCCGGGAAUUACAACGGCUUCGCGAUUUUCGACGAGGCCGGCAAAGCCAUUUAUGAUCAGGGGACCCCCGACAACCAUUCGCCUUGUUACAGCACGGACGACGGCCGCGAGUUCACCAUCGAGGGCGACUGCUGGGAUACCCCUCGCAAAUUCAAGUGCAAAUCGAACUUAGCAGGCAACCCUCAAACCUGCGAGGUUAAAGAUGGCAAUGGCAAUUCCCUUGGCAAGGGCGACGGAAAGACGGAUACAACUUUUAUCGGUAUCGCUAUCGGCAUGGACUCAAGCUGUGUCGUCGAAUUCGAUGCCGACAGCCACAACUGCCCUGAGGAUGAUGGCAACGGGCCCCUGCAUGUUACUUCCGGUUAA